AUGGGCCCCGAAACCGCCUCCCGCCUGGGCGCGAGCCCCAAUGGUGCGCCUUCCGCCGCCGCGACUGCCUCCUCCGCCGCCCAACAGCUCGACACCACCGCAGCAGCCGCCGCCACGACCAUGACGGUGCCCACGCCGACCAUGGCCGCCGCCCCUUCCGCGCCACAGCCUCAAUCGUCGAAGCCGGACCAGCGACAACCGCAGCCGCAGCCGCAGCCUCAGCCGCAGCCCCAAGCGCAGCAGCAGCGACCCGCCGCCAUGGAGCCCAACGUGCUGAACGUCGUGCUGGGCGACCUGCUCGUCAAGCCCUGGUACCCGUCGUUCUACCCGGAGGAGCUGGUCGGCCGCCGCGUCGAGCGGCUGUACGUGUGCCAGUGGUGCUUCAAGUACUCCAAGGAGCUGAUCCCCUUCCUCGGCCACACGAAAGUGUGCAGUCUCAAGGACGCGCCGCCGCCGGGCACCAGAAUCUACGCCAAGGACUGCUACUCGAUACACGAGGUCGACGGCGAGGAGCACAAGCUUUAUUCGCAGAAUCUGUCCCUGUUCGGAAAACUCUUUCUCGAUACCAAAUCCGUCUUUUACGAUGUCACGACCUUUCUAUACUAUUUGCUCGUCAACACCAAUCCGGCAACUGGCUCGCGCCAGGUCAUCGGCUUCUUCAGCAAGGAGAAGAUGAGCUGGGACAACAACAACCUGGCCUGCAUUCUGGUCUUCCCGCCGUGGCAGAGGCAAGGUCUUGGUCAGAUGUUGAUGGGCGUGAGCUACGAAUUAAGCCGGCGAGAAGGACGCAUAGGCGGUCCGGAAAAGCCCCUAUCGGAGCUCGGUCGACGUGGGUAUACGGCGUACUGGUCUGCUACAACCGCACGGUACAUCUUGUCCGUUCCGGUGAAGCGCACCGUCACGCUGCGUGAUAUCAGCGACGCGACAUAUAUCCAGCUCGAGGAUAUCGUUGCCACGCUAAAGGAGAUGAAGGUACUGGAGCAUCGACCGAACACCAACAAGAAGUCCAGUUCCGCUCCUGAUGAGCUUCCUGUCCUUAACAAGGCCAAGGUGCGGAGAUGGGCGCUUGAGAAUGGUGUCGGCCUGAUGCCGCCUGUUGAUGCCAACGCGUUAAGGGUGGAGUGGACGACGCGAGAUAGGAGGGAGGAUAUUGGAGGUGAUUAG